CACACACCCACGCAGUCUUCGGCCAUGACGACCAUGGCAGCUCCACCUCGUCCGGCUCCCUUCUCGGCGCCACCAGUCGGUUCCGUGGCCGGGCCCCCUCUGCCUCAGCAAAUCCCCGGGCCUGCUUUGACCUCGCUACCGGCGACCAGAGGCGACAUUCGGGCUGCCAGGUCGGGCUUGGAAUCUGGACUGCGCGAGUAUAUGAGCCUCCAGAGACGAUGGUAUGAGACGGGCGAGGUUGCGAUCGAGGAACGACUUCGCAUACAGGCCGUAAACCUUGUUUCCGAUCUUCGUUUCCUCAGAAAGAACGUCUCGGCCAUUGUCAGGGCGGGCGAGUCUCGUCGAUGGCGACGGUGGAUUACUGGCACUGUGCUAGCCAUCUUUAUUCCAGCCGUGAGGGCCAUCUUCCGCAGGCCGGCGGAUGAGACAGAGACAUCCAAUGAUACCGAGUAUGCUUUUCGGAAGAGCAAGACCUUGAUUUCUCGUAUCAAGGACUCCCUUCCCGGCAGGGGGGCCCUAGCCUCGGUUGCUUUCUUUGUCUUUGCAGUACUCUACGUAUUCCAGAACGAGGUGUCGCUCAGGGUGGCGAGGACUGUUUCUAAAAGACUGAAGAGGCUCAGCGCUAAACUUGAGGGAGGUUAUGAUGGCAUUGACGAGAACGACAUGAAGCUUUUGGCUGGGUGGAGGUGGAGAGUGCUCCUCUGGGGUCAGUGAUCAAUCGCGACGUCGUUCUUGGCUUAGGUAGGUGGGGGGAAUGUUUCGGUCCGGUGUACUGCCAGAUUGAUAAGCUGAGUGGUAGCCCCCGUGGUUCAUAGGUGCACUUAAUGUAUCGUGCUGUUGGAAAGGGGCCCCUUAAUAUGUUUGUUAUAUUCGCUGCCUCUGAGGAAGCCCGCUUAUGAAGAGCCGGGUUGCUGCACCCUGCAGCUGCAGGGGAAUUGAAAUUGAAGUAUAAGGAAAAGGAAAAGGGAAAGGGAAAUAGGUAAUCAACACUUAAAAUAUGGAAUAAAAGAAGGAUGACCAUCAUUUUAGCUAUACGACAUCUCUGCUAAGGAGGUUUAAUUUUGGUGGCAAUUGACGAGUUGCUCAGGUUGCACAACCAAUUG